AUGGAGGGAGGCCAACCGAGGGUGGUGCAGAACUCGGAGGGCCAGCGCACCACGCCCUCGAUCGUCGCGUUCACCGACAAAGGGCGGCUGGUCGGCCAACCGGCGAAGAACCAGAUGGUCACCAAUCCGGAGCGGACGGUGUAUUCGAUCAAGCGCUUCGUGGGCCGCCGCUUUUCCGAGGUUCCGGAAGAGAUCAAGAUGGUCCCGUAUCUGGUCACCGACUCAGGCAGUGACGUCCGCGUCCAUAUCGACGACAAGCGGUAUUCGCCGCCCGAGGUCUCCGCCGCCGUGUUGCAGAAGAUGAAGGAGACGGCGGAAAGCUAUCUCGGAGAGACCGUGACCGAGGCGGUGAUCACGGUCCCCGCCUACUUCAAUGAUUCGCAGCGGCAGGCCACCAAGGACGCCGGCCGGAUCGCCGGUCUGGACGUCAAGCGCAUCGUCAACGAACCGACCGCCGCAGCGCUGGCAUACGGCCUCAACAAGGAAGGGAACGAGGAGAAGAUCGCGGUCUACGACCUCGGCGGCGGCACCUUCGAUAUCUCCAUCCUGGAACUCGGCGACGGAGUGUUCGAAGUCAAGUCCACCAACGGCGACACCCACCUUGGAGGCGACAACUUCGAUCAACGGGUGAUCGACUGGCUGGUCGCCAGCUUCAAGAACGACAACGGCAUCGACCUGUCGAACGACCGGAUGGCCCUGCAACGGCUCAAGGAGGCAGCGGAGAAGGCCAAGAUCGAGCUCUCCGGCACGCAGAGCACGGAGAUCAAUCUGCCGUUCAUCACCGCUGACUCCUCCGGCCCCAAGCAUUUGCAGUACACCCUGACGCGGGCCAGGUUCGAGCAGAUGAUCGACGAUCUGGUCCAGCAGACGCGGCGCCCGUGCGAGCAGGCGAUCAAGGACGCCGGCGUCAGCGCGGACGAGAUCGAUCAGGUAAUCCUGGUGGGCGGCUCCACCCGCAUUCCGGCGGUGCAGCAGUUGGUUGCCGAGCUGUUCCGGAAGGACCCGAAUCGCGGCGUCAACCCCGACGAGGUGGUCGCGGUGGGGGCGGCCAUCCAGGGCGGCAUCCUGGGCGGCGACGUCAAGGAUGUCCUGCUGCUGGAUGUCACUCCGCUGUCCCUGGGCAUCGAAACGCUCGGCCAGGUUUUUACUGGUCUGAUCGAGCGCAAUACGACUAUUCCUACCCGCAAGAGUCAGAUCUUUUCGACCGCGGCCGACAACCAGACUGCGGUCUCUAUCCACGUGCUGCAGGGCGAGCGGAAAAUGGCUACCCAGAACCGUACCCUUGGCAGGUUCGAUCUGAUCGGCAUUCCGGCGGCGCCUCGCGGCGUCCCGCAGAUAGAGGUCGCCUUCGACAUCGAUGCCAACGGGAUCGUCCACGUAUCCGCCAAGGAUCUCGGUACCGGCAAGGAGCAGAAGAUUCGGAUCGAGUCUUCCUCGGGCAUUUCCGAGGAAGAGAUCGAGCGCAUGGUCAAGGACGCCGAGGUCCACGCGGACGAAGACAAGAGCGCGCGAGAGGCCGCCGAGUCCCGCAACGAGGCGGACAGCAUGAUCUAUGCCACCGAGAAGUCAUUGAACGAUUUCGGUGACAAGGUGAGCACGGACGACAAGGAGAAGAUCACGGCCGCGAUCGAGGCCCUGAAGCAGGCCGUCGAGGGCGACGACACCGCCGCGAUCACGGCCCAGACCGAGGCGCUCAAACAGGCGUCCCACAAGCUCGCCGAAGAGGUGUACAAGGACGCGCAGCGGAAGGCAUCCGCCGAAGCCGGAGAUGCCCCGCGCAGCGCGCAGGAUACGGGCUCCGGGGAUGACCCGCAGAGUGAGGCCGAUCAGGGCGCCAACGGCAAGGGUGCCGGUUCGGUUCAGGACGCCGACUACGAGGUGGUCGACGACGACGAGAAGCGCGGUUAG